AUGCGAAGGCCAGGCAAGCCUGGAUCAGGGCGCAGCCAGAGACAUGACGCAUUUGUUGUGUCCGGGCUCUUGGGUGUUUUGCUUCUAGCCGGCCACAGCUGCGUGAGCAGCAGCUUCUUUUUGCCAGCAGAGCCCGACAGCGCGACGGCGCGGCGCGCAGUGGCCACGGAUGCCACCAGCGAGGUGGCGGAGUGGAGGAGGCCGCCGGGAGACCCCAAGCCCGAGCAGCGUUGGGGCUUGUGGCCCGCCCUGCCUAUUGCUCCGUACGAGCGACGCGUGACGCUGCGCUACGAGGUGAUCCCAGGAGAGCUUUGGACCUUUGAGCAGAAGCAGGGCAUCCUGUACAUCCACGUUCCCAUUCGCAUGACCGUGUAUCGAAUGCAGACGCGGCCUGGGCUCUUUGUCUACGCCCCAAUCGCCCCUACGGACGAGUGCGUCCGAUUACUCCGGGAACUCGAGGACCAGUACGGAGAAGUGGCGUACAUCGUUCUCCCCACCGUGGCGGUAGAGCACAAGUACUUUGUGGGGCCCUUCUCUCAAGCCUUUCCAAAGGCCCAGGUCUGGGUCUGCCCUGGGCAAUUCUCCGUUCCACUGCAGCUCCCCCUGCCCCUGCUCGGCUUCCCCUGGGACGCCCGCCUACGCACGCUUCCCAAAGCUUCAGGCACAGACCUGCCGGAAGACUGGCAGAAGGAAGGGUUGGACUUCCGCAUCCUUGGGCCUGUCGGCAAAGACCUGAACAACGGCCCUUUCGCUGAAGCGGCCUUUUACAUCCGUAGGCUUCGAACCAUGCUGGUAACAGACUUGGUCGUCUCUGUGCCUGCAGAGCCUCCAGAGAUCGUCGCCGAGGAGCCAAGGGCUCUGGCCUUCCAUGCGCGCGACGAUGCCACCCAACCUCUGGAGGCCUCGGACGAGGCGCUGCUUCGUGGCUGGCGCCGCAUGGCUUUGUUCGCGCUUUUUUUCCAAUCUUCUGCGAUCGAGCCUGAGCCGGUGUCGAAAGCCCUCGAGGAUGCGCUGAACUCCCCAGCCAAGGACUUGGGCUGGGGCGGCUUGCUCCCAUGGAGCUUCAACGAGGACUGGAAAAAGUCCUUCGACGCGCUUCGGGGGCCUUUUGGGAGUGGUGGUCUAGUGGUGGCCCCGAUCCUGUCGGAGCUGAUCUUGAAUCGCUAUUUGUCCACAGAUGUUUGGCCUUUCGUCGAGGACAUCGUCAGCUCGUGGGACUUUGAUCGCGUGAUUCCCGCGCACUUCGAGGCCCCUGUGCCUGCGACUGGCCAGGACUUCCGCGACGCUUUUCGCAGAUCUUUCGGUGAGCCAAAGCCCUCCGGGCCCUUGGCUGCCGUGGAACAACAUCAUGCAGCUACCAGCAUGCUGAUGGAACCGGAAUGCCAUGGAAUCGCACAGCAAGAGCUGUGCUCUGUGAAUGGGCUACCGAAUGCCUCUUCGGGAGGACAAGUAGAACAGCACUGCUUGCUGUGCUUCUCAGACAGAGUGAUGGCCAACUUUCUGAGGAAGGAGAGCGACAGAGCAAGAAUGCAGAUGGAAAAGAAGAGCUUGACGGAAGCAAGAACGACAGACAUUGCCUUAUUGGCAUUCUCUACUUACGAUACCCAAACAAAGCACAACUUAGCAUCCAAAGUGCUCACAGGCUUGCGGCCCGAAUACCUGCGCUCUGUGCUGCAGCGCAACGAACUACAACUGCAGUUUGCCAGGCAGGUCGAGCGCUGGCAGGAGUUCCUAACUCCUGGGCAGUACCACCACCUUACAGCGAACUACCUGUCCUUCGCCACCGAGACAUCUUCUCCGAACUUGUUGGUCCGAGCCCGCGAGUUCCAGGAGUGCACUGGUGGCCGGAUCGUUUUUUCCGAGGCGUUGAAUAUCUGGGAGGAUCCCAUCAGGGACCUGGGCACCAAGGACAGUCCAGGUCUUGGGAUCUAUCACGGAUAUAUGAUGAGCUACUCUCACUAUCCGGAAGCGAGUCAUCUGGGAUUGGUCGAGGCUCUUCAUCCGCGUCUUGCCCGGUCUAAUGAGGCCCUGCAAUGGGAGAGCGUUUUCCCGCAGGCGCACCUUCGUACUCACUGCAGGAGAAAUGGCACCGACCAGUUGGACUUCCUUAUGUACGACGGCGACUUUUUCGUCCCAAUCGUAAGAUUAGACUUGCUGGAACGGGACAAUGUUCCAUUGCCCAACACGUGGGACGAAGCCCUCGCUGUUGCUGCAAGAUACAAUGGCACCGACCUCAACGAAGACGGCGAGCCAGACUUUGGUUUCUGCCACUUUCCACGGGAAGGUGCCGGGUACUGGGAUUGGUGGUGGGCUGAGAUUGUUUAUGCUAUUUGGGCGACCUACUCUCAGACCCAGGACACUUCCCAGGGCUUCCUGUUCGACAAGCAGACGAUGAUGGGAGCGGUGGUUGAAAUCCGGAACCGCAACCCCUUCCAUUCCUUCCAACGCAAAAGGAAGGGAAUGCUCUUGGUGUUGGUGCUCCCACUUCAAGAAAUCGACAGCCAUUUCAGAAAAGGCAUCUUCCUCAACGGCAUCGGGCGGAAGAAUUCAAGCGGCCACGUCAUCUGGCAACCCACCAUGCAGGAUGGCAGCUACGCAGAUCCCUAUCGCUUCAAGCCUUUCGGAAGCACAAGGGUGGAGGCCGAUGGCGUCAUGAAGGAGUGCACCGACUAUGUCUGCCCUCACGGGGAGGCUAUCCCACUUCGAGGCCAUCAUGGUCCUAACGACCGUGCGCGGGUGCUUCCCCCGUCUCCGCUUGCUGGGCGGCGGAUUAACAGAGCCCCCUUCUUCUGGAGCGGCGGCUUGGGACUUCUGAUACGGAGGUCAGCUCCCGAAGUGCUCAAAGAUAUGUUGUGGGAUUUCAUGGUCUACACCAACAGCCCCCACACAGCAGACGAGGACGUUGCAAAGUACGCCAGUUGGUUAGACUCCUGGCGGAGCACGCAGCUUCCUCCUGAUGGCGCAAACUUCCUUGAAGCAGGUUGGUCGCAGGAAGCAUAUGCGGAGCACCGCGCGGUGAUGUUGUGGGCACUCUCUGAGACCGGCAACGGCGCGUUCAACCUUCGACUGCCAGGUGCCAAGGUGUACACACACACGGUUCUGGCAACAGACAUGGCCUACUACAUUGCUGACGCCAUUGAUGAGACAGAGUUGAUUCGACGCGUCGAUGCAGGUUGGCGGUCAGAGACCCAAGAGCGCGGUAAGUUGGAUCAGCUUGCGAUCUAUCGCGCCACCUUGGGUCUAGAUGAGUUGUCGGAGUAUGACCUAUGUCUCCUACAUCGUGAAGAGAUGGAUUCCCGGGAUCCGACUGUGUGCCCCUUGUUCUUCCCGAAUUCCGACGGAGUUUAUCUCACCGCUUUGGUUGUCAUUCUCAGCCUGAUGGUGUUCUCUGGCAUCUUUGCGGGCGUUGCGUACGUGUACAGUACGGCCCAAGCCAAGAAGCGCCUCCUCAAGGAGAAAGAGGAGCAGCUGGAGAACACCGUGCAGCGGGGCUUGUCCACGGUAAAAGAGCUCGGAUACCCAAUGUCAGUGAUCCGCGCAAAGGAUUUUGUGGAGCUGAGCAGCGACAUGCUGGAGAGCUGCCACGAGGGCCUCCGGGAUCUGGGCUUGCUCAGGGUGCUGGACAGCACGGAGGAGAUAUCCCAUUUUCACAUGAUGGGGAAUCACAUCGUCUUCUUCAGCUAUCACUGGCCAUCCUGGGACCGCUUUGGCCCAGACAACAUCCAGCGACGGGCCAUGGAUCACGCCCUCGAGCUCUUUGGGCAAAAGGUUGGUGCAUCCUUGGAGACCAUUUUUGUCUGGCUGGACAUCGUCUCCAUCCCUCAGAAGCAUCGUGGGGUCCAAGUGCUUGCAAUCAACUCUUUGUAUGUCUACGCAUCCUCCGUUGACGCCCUGAUAAUCAUCGCGCCACCUACGCUCCAUGAGCAGACGGGUGAAUCACUUGGCUUGGACACGUACAAGACGCGUGUGUGGACGCGUGUCGAGCAAGUUGCACACCUGUCGGCGCAUGGAAUCGACAGCUUAUUCUUCUACAAGUCUGGAUCUUACCAUCAGCCUACUGUUCUGCACAGAGAGACAGCUGCAGGCCAACUGGCUUGGAGCCAGUCGAUCUCAAAUGGAUGGAGGACAAGUGAACUUGUGAUUGCGGAUCACAGCCGUGAUCGUGAGCAGCUUGUUCUGCCAUUGAUCGGCCUCUACUACCGCGUGGCUGCUGCGGAGAGACGUGGUGUUGACAGUAACGAGGGAACGGGGAUCCUGUACGGCAUGAUGCAGCGGAAGCGGGAAGCGAUUUUCCCUCGAACCUUUGACCACAUCUCCUUGAAGGAUGGAGUCGAGGCAGCGAACUGA